CCACUCCUCCCCGUUCCUCUUCCUCCCUCCCCACUCCCGCCGCUCGUUUCAAACCCUCCUUGCGACCCCAGCCGCGAUGGCCGCCGCUAUCGCCGGCGACGCCGAAACCGACCUCACCCUGCCCAUCUCGGAUGACCUCGACGACAACGGUUUCCCCGCGUCACCCCCCACCGCAGCCACCACCAGCAGCUUCGCCGACGACUUCUACCGCAGCGGCAUCGACUGGUCCUCCCUGCAAGCCCCUCCUUCUCAUCGGAGGAGGCCAGCCGCUGGAACAAUAGAGACAGUGUGCGGCCCGUUGGUUCAGAAGAAUCUCUUCCAGGCGUGGGGGAUCGAGAAGCCAGCCGCUGGAAUGGCGCAGAAAGUUUGCGGCCCGCAGGUUCAGAAGAACCUCUUCCAGGCGUGGGGAAUCGAGAAGCCGCCGCGGGAAGAGGCGGCGCAGGGGGCCCCUGUUGGGGCUCGGGCCUCCUCCUCCUCUCCUUCUCCUUCUCCUUCUGGUGCUUGGCCCGGUAGGAAGCGGCGCUGGGGAGGCUCGGACGAGAACGGGGCGUCCAGGAAGCCCGUCGCUUGCCCCUUCUACAAGAAGAUUCCCGGUACGCCGUUCACGGUGGACGCAUUUCGGUAUGGAGCAGUUGAGGGGUGCUCUGCUUAUUUUCUCAGCCAUUUCCAUUGUGAUCAUUACGGUGGGUUAACCAAGAAGUGGUGUCGUGGUCCUAUCUAUUGUACUGCACUCACUGCACGCCUGGUGAAGAUGUUACUAUCAAUUGACUCUGCGUAUGUUUGUCCCUUGGAGCUUGAUACUGAGUAUGUCAUCGACGGAGUGAAGGUUACCUUCUUGGAGGCCAAUCAUUGCCCUGGUGCAGCCCUAAUUCACUUUCGUCUUAGUGAUGGCAAGACCUAUCUCCACACUGGGGAUUUUAGAGCAUCAAAAUCAAUGCAAUUGCACCCACUCCUCCAAACUGGCCGCAUAAGUUUGCUUUAUCUGGAUACAACAUAUUGCAAUCCAAAAUACAAAUUUCCACCACAGGAGGAUGUUAUUGAUUUUGUUGUCAGGACAGCUCAAAGGUAUCUAAAGAAGCAACCAAAAACACUUAUUGUUGUUGGGGCAUAUAGCAUCGGGAAAGAGAAUGUCUAUCUAGCAAUUUCUCAAGCUUUAGAGGUCCCUAUAUACACUGAUGCAUCACGAAGGCGGAUUCUUCACUCAUUUGGCUGGCCAGACUUGUCCAAAAGGAUAAGUUCAUGCAAUCAAAGUUCACCACUUCAUGUUCUGCCCCUUGCAUCACUGCAACAUGAGAACUUGAAGAAGUACUUGGAGACUCUUGACCAAAGAUUUCUAGCUGUGCUGGCUUUUCGACCUACAGGUUGGACUUUUUCUGAGGCAGCUGGAAAGGAGCUUGACUUAAUUAAACCUAGCUCUAGAGGCAGAGUUACAAUCUAUGGUGUACCUUAUAGCGAGCACUCAAGUUUCAGCGAGCUUAGGGACUUUUUGAAGUUUCUGAGACCUCAAAAGGUAAUUCCCACUGUUAAUGUUGGUAAUGCGGCAAACCGAGAUAAAAUGCAAGCUUAUUUCCGGGAAUGGCUCAAGAGCACGUGAUGGAUGGAGGCAUGAAGCGUGAUCAGUUAUGUAAGCCUCAUAUGUGGAAUUUUCAGUGUGGUAUCUGUUGUACGCCUUCCUACAUUUAACAGUCUAACAAUGGUUUGUAUCUUGGUGAA